AUGGUCGCCGUGCCAUCGGACCUGCAAGUGUUCGUGAAAUGGAAAGAGCAGACAGUCUUCGCCGGCGAAGACGUCGAGUGCACAAUCACCUUUAAGAAUGUUGCAGAGAUCGCCGAGGAGAAAUCCAAUAAUCCGUCCCAUCAGCAACAACACCAGCGCAGAGUAUCCCGACCGCUGACCGCUCUGAAUGGCACCAACAACGAUGGCUAUUUCGCGGCCAAGUCUUCGCCUACGUUCUUUUUCAAUGGGAGUCGACGGUCCGUUACAUCGAGUCCUCGCCGGCCGACGCUGGGGAACGGCAGGAACCCGACUAGAGGCAUCCCGAAGGAAUCAGCUCUUAGCCCGCGACUUGAGGCCGAAAAGACAGGUCGAACUAUCUCAACUAGCCCAAGCAACGCAAGUCAUCUAAGGAGUCCUCGUACCAGAACUCCAUCUUUUCCUACCGAUUUCAAGUUUCCACCGAGCCCGGACCCUGCCGCCGAGACUGAUGGCAAUACCAAUGGCACCCCUGCUGGCACAAAUGAUGGACCCGCGUCGCGACAGCUGUCUAAACAGCCUCCAUCUCUUACACAACAAGCACAUUUAGCUCCUGCAACAAGGAUACUCUCGAAUUCUAGCGUCAGUGGAAGUCUUUGGGGGAGCAAGCCGAUUCUGGACUUAGGGGUAUGUAGUAGUAAGAUUUUGGAGACGAGCCAACUCUCUAGCUACGCUAGUCCCUAGGCAAGGAUUGGGUAUAUAGUUAAGAGGGUAUGCCGUUGAUCCGGCGAGAGAGCUUUUUACGGGGGACUCCAAAUUCACGCGCUAAAUGCGAGAUAUUUUU